AUGAAGGACAUAGCGUUUUUCUUCCUGCCUGCGGGGAUCGGGCUGUCAUGCCUGCUGCUGAGUGGCGUGGCCCUUUUCCAGCGUAUGGCAAUAUCCAUCCAAAAAAGGAGCGUCAAUUUCCAGAUUUACAAAUAUCAGGUGAACAUAUCAGUGUCAUCCCUAAUUUCUUUUUAUGCGUUACUACGCUUGGCCUUUACCAUCUUAGAGCUAAAAAAUCACAACGAUGAGAAGCACAGUUUGGACCCUUCGCUGCAUGUACCUAAUGUACACAGAGCGUACCUCAAAAAGAUGCGACUUCAGAGAAACUUUUGGAUCCUACUACUGUGCUCAAUUGCGUGGGUAUUCUACAUCCGUUUCACUUAUUUAAUUUUGUAUUAUCGAGAGAAGGUUAAGAAAAGCGAUGAGGAAUAUGAAGCCGUCAUGGUGAUGAAGGGCACGCUGAACAAGUGCACGCGGGUGAUGGCACAGAGAGAGGCGAACAGAGUGAAGUACAGUGACAGUUUUCCGGAGGAAGACCUAAUAUCAUCCAGUGACAUCACCACCGAUGGGAACGCCAACAUGUCGGAGAAGUCAUCCGUGCUGGAGGAUGGCCAGCGGAAGAACGUUGGCAUUCGACAGCGCCGCUGA